CUUCCUUGUUCGAUUCUCCUUCAAAGUUCAAACUCAAACCCUAGAUUCGUUGGGAUUCCAAGGAUUUUGCCAAGGGAAUUGAAGUUGCGAUUGUUGAAAAGUCACUCGAAAGUAGGAUCGAUGGACCCCAAUAACCCCAAAAUUGUUGAUGUCGACCUGGAACCAAGCGAAGAGAUUCUGGAAGACGAGGGUGAGCAUGAUUCAAGAAAUGAGGUAGAAACCAAAUUUGUACCAAUUUUCAUUCAUUUGGGUGGGAGGUUUAUACAAGGAGUUGGUAAUUCAAUUUCAUAUGUUGAUGGUGAAUGUAAUAACUGGAUUAUUAAUAGGGAUAAGUUGACACUGUUUGAACUUUAUACUAAGAUUGGUAUUGCUGGAUAUAAUGCUGAUAUGGUUGACCAAAUAUGGUAUUUAGAACCAAGAAAAACAAUUACAGAUGGUUUGAAACCUAUUAGGAAUGAUCAUGACGUUAAGGAUGUUUUGGGGGCGUUGAAGGCAGAGAAAAAGGUACAUAUUUAUGUGUCUCAUGUCUCAAAUUUUGCUAAAAUUCUACCUAUCUUCCUAUUACUAGCCCCUAGUGAUAAGGGUAUGAUUGUUGACAAUCCUGUUGAGGUUGAGGGGAGAGUAGAAAAUGAUCAUGUUGAUGUGGAAGGCAGACUUGAGGAUGCUGGUCAUGCGGUUGAUGUGGAAGGCAGAGUUGAGGAUGCUGGUUAUGUGGUUGAGGUUGAAGGCAAAGUUGAGGAUGCUGAGGAUGCUAGUCAUGGGGUUGAGGUUGAAGGCAGAGUUGAGGGUGCUGGUAAUGAUGGUAAUGAAAACAGUGAACAUUCUGAGGAUGAAGAUGAUUUUCUUCCAUAUAUAUCUGAAUUGAGUGAUAAUGAAGAUGAGGAAACUGUCGAGGCGAGAAAGAAAAUGAAGUCUUUGCAUGAGGCAACUUGGAGCUCAAAAAAUGCUAGGAAAGGUGUUAGAAUUAGUCAUGAAAUUCCCUCAUCUUCAACUAGUCACACUAAUCUUGGUCCUGAGGAUUCAUUAAGCUCAGAUGAUGAUAUCAACUACCUUUCAACAAGUGAAGAGGAUGGAAGUGAAGUUGAACACGAUAGGAGAAGGAAGGGUAGGCAUAAAGUUUUCCGAGGAACAGAUGAUGGCAAUGUACAGAUUGAGUUAGGCAUGGGGUUGAUAGAUGCCAUUGCAGACCUUUUUCCAAAUGCAGAACACAGACAUUGUGCUAGGCAUAGAUAUGCCAACUUCAGGAAGAAACACAAAGGGAACGAAUUGCAAGCCUUAUUUUGGAGAUGUGUGAAGGCACUGAAUGAGGCAGAAUUUAAUGCAGCCUUAGCAGAGUUAGGCAAAUUGAAGUUGGCAACAAAGGAUGACAUAAUGAAUGUGGAUCCCAAGCACUGGAGCAGAGCUUUUUUCAAAGCCGAAAUUAAGUCAUCUGUGGUCGACAAUAACAUGUGUGAAGUGUUCAAUGCAUUGCUUGUUGAUGCACGACACAAGGCAAUAAUUUCUAUGAAUCAAGAAAUGAGAGCUAUGUGUGCAACAAGAACUGUUGUUAGGAGAGAGUUUGGAUUUGCUGAGUUUGUGAGAGAAUUUGGCCCUAAGAUUUGGGCUAAGAUUGUACGGAAUAGGGAAGGUAGUAAGAAAUGCAAAGUUCUAUGGCCUGGUGGAGGUGGUUUUGAAGUUGAGGUUUACCUGAAUAGUAAAAAUAAAGUCAAUUCAGGCAGAAACACUUAUAUUGUAGAUUUGGAAGCUAGAAAAUGCACCUGUAGAUUUAAGGCCUCUUAUGCAUAUGAGGUACAAGUUGUUGAAGGCAUGAAUCAAUGGACACCAAUAGUGAUGCCAGCCAUACAGCCACCUACAACACAGAAGAUGCCUGGCAAGCCUAAGAAAAAAAGAAAUCCUGAAGAAUGGGAAGGAAAGAAAAAAAUGGGAAAACAAGGAAGACAAAUGACCUGCCAGAAAUGCUUCCAAAAAGGUCACAAUUCCAGAUCGUGUAAAGGCCAACCGCAGAAUGUGGCCCAAAUGAAGAAUGAACCAUUUGUGGAGCAACCACCUCCUGUUGAGGACAACCAGCCACCCCAUGGAGAAGACAACCAGCCACGCAUUGCUGAGGAAGAACUAGUGAACAUGACCCAAGAAGAUCCUCCAGUGAGUCAAGUAGUUAGCCUAACUCCACCAGUUCAACAAGCCACAACUCCCAUUAUAAGAAAGAAAAAGAGAGCUAAAAGCGCUGAUCGGCCAAAGAAGGCAGAAAAGAGAGCAAGGAAAAAUACCCCAACCCCAACUAUGCAAAAGGGUUUGCCAUCUGUGCCUCCAUCUGAAAUCCAUUCACAAUCCACAAAAACACAAAAAGUCAAGCAUGCUUAUCCAAAAGGGAAGGGGAAAAGUGAAAGAAUUUUGUCGUUCGGAUAUGCUCAAAAGAGGGCUACAAGAGUUGGAGAUAGAGGAAUCCCCGUUGUAACUCUAACGCCUACACCAACAGCACUUGCACCAACAGCACCUGCACCAAUAGCACCUUCACCAACAGCACCUUCACCAACAACACCUGCACCAAUAGCACCUACAGUGCCUGCACUAAUGGCACCUCCAUCUAUAACAGCAACAACUCCCUCAAGAAACAGUAGGCAAUUUGUUACUGCCACUAACUUGCAAGCACUAUUAUGGGAAAAAAGAAGGCAAAAGGAAGGGCAAAAGGAAGAAGAAGCACUUGGUCGUUGGGCAAAGUUAUUGACUAAAAUUCACACAGAUAAACAGUCAAACGUUUAGACUAUGAAGUUAUUCUAUGUUGUUUGCAUGGAUGCUUCUUUUUUUGACAGAUUAAGGUGUGUAUUGCCUGGAUGAUUGUUUUUGGACUGCUACCCCUAUUGAGUGUAAAGUUUUUUGUUGUGUGUUUAGGGUGUGCUUUUGUUUUGGCCAGAUUAAGGUGUGCUUUUGUUUUGGACAGAUUAGGGUGUGUAGUACAUCAAGUGGUAUUGCAUGGACACUUGUUUUUGGAUAGAUAUGGGAGUUUAGGUUGCUUGUUGUAUUUGGCAAGGAGUCUGCUAUAAUGUGCUUUUAUUUUGGAUUUGAACAACAUAUAUUUUGUAUUUUAUUGUAUAUGCAUUGUAAUUUUCAAGGUUUUGAAAACCGAACAAGAGGUCAAACCGUUUUGACCUCUGGUUCAUAGGUUUAAUGGUUGAACCGGUUUAACGGGAUAAAAAAUCGAGUUAUUU